AAGGGACGAAAAAGGGCAAAAAGGGACAAAAUCGGGCAAAAAGGGACAAAAAACGGCAAAAAAAUAACCCGGGACCACCCGGGAUUAAACCGGGAUUAAACCGGGACCACCCGGGAAGGAGCGGGACAGGCAGCAGGCGACAACCGGGAGCACCCGGGACAAAGCGGGACUGGCCCGGGACCGGCCAGGGACAAACCGGGAGCACCCGGGACAAACCGGGACCACCCUGAGAUAAAGCGGGAGCACCCGGGACAAAGCGGGACCACCCAGGACAACCGGGAAGGAUCGGGACCACCCGGGACAAACCGGAACCGUGUCCGGUAUCCGGCGGCCCCCGGGAUGCGGCCGCCCGUCCCGCUGUCCGUCCGUGUGUCCGUGCCGCUGUGUGUCCGUCUGUGGGCGCUGCUGUCGCUGCUGCCCGGGCCGGGCCGGGCGCUCUCCACGUGCCGCACGCUGGACCUGGAGGCGGCGCGGCUCAAGCGCAUCGAGGCCGUGCGGGGCCAGAUCCUGAGCAAGCUCCGCUUGCCGGCGCCGCCGCCCGAGCCCGGCCCGGCCCCCGCGCUGCCCGAGGAGGUGCGGGCGCUCUACAACAGCACCCGCGAGCUGCUGCGGCAGCGGGCGCGGCUGCGGCACCCCGAGGAGCCGCAGGAGUACUACGCCAAGGAGCUGCUGCGCUUCCCCAUGGAGAGCGAUG